AUGGUGGAGCGCUCUUCCUCUACACCAUACGUGUCGGUGAUGGACCAGUACGGUUACCAAAUCGGCAAAGUGAUUGGACACGGCUCAUACGGCACAGUCUACGAGGCAUACUUUGCCAAACAGAAGAGUAUGGUGGCCAUUAAGAUUAUCUCCAAGAAGAAGGCCUCGGAGGACUACCUCACAAAAUUCCUCCCAAGGGAAAUUCAGGUGAUGAAAAGUCUGCGCCACAAGUACGUGAUCAGUUUCUACCAGGCCAUAGAGACGACCUCCCGGCACUACAUCAUCAUGGAGCUGGCGCCCAGCGGCGACGUCCUGGAAUGGAUCCAGAAGUCCGGCGCGUGCACUGAGUCCCUCGCGGGCAAGUGGUUCUCUCAGCUGGCUCUGGGCAUCGCCUACCUGCACGGCAAAGGCAUCGUCCACCGGGACCUCAAACUGGAAAACCUCCUCCUGGACAAGCGGGAAAACAUCAAGAUCUCCGACUUCGGCUUCUCCAAGAUGGUGUCGGGCCAGACGCAGCCGGCCACCACGGCUUCGUACCGCAUGAUGAGCUGUUUCUCCCACCUCAGCCAGACCUACUGCGGCAGCUUCGCCUAUGCUUGCCCGGAGAUCCUGCUGGGCCUGCCAUACAACCCCUUCCUCUCCGACAUCUGGAGCAUGGGCGUCAUCCUCUACACCUUGGUGGUGGCCCACCUGCCCUUUGAUGACAGCAACCUCAAGAAGCUGCUCCGGGAGACCCAGAAAGAGGUGACCUUCCCGGCGCAUCUCCAGAUCAAUGAGGAGAUCAAGGACUUGAUACACCGCAUCCUGCGCCCAGCCUCAAAGCGCCUCAACAUUUUGGAAGUGCUGAAGGUCUCCUGGGUGCUGAAGUUUCUGGUAGAGAAGCCCACCACCGAGAUCAAAGCCCUGGAGGCCAUCUGUGGCCCGCGCACCACCGAGGGCGCCAAGCACAACACGCCCAGCACCAAGUCGCGCUCCCUCACCUUUACGCCGGACAAAAAGAAGGCCGUCAGCCGCACCCGCAGCACCGGCCAGAUUAAGGGAAACAAGAACCCGGACAAGCCCAGCUGA